AGAAACUUGCUUUCUCCCUCCAGUUAACACACAUAUAUAAAAACAAUACUCACUAGUCUUUUUCUUCUUCUUAUCUUUUUUUGGAUAAAAAAUAUUUAGUUAAGAUUGAACAUCUUGAGAAUGGGAAAGAAAGAGCAGAAUGUUUCAAAAGAGAAACAAAGAGUUGAAGAUGUCCUUAACCUUCUCAGAAAGCAACAACCUCUCACUGUUAAACAGGAAAAGUUUAGCGACAAUGCUUGUAUAGAGAGGUUUUUGAAAGCGAAAGGCGACAAUGUGAAGAAAGCUGCUAAGCAGUUACGAAAUUGUCUUGCCUGGAGAGAUUCUUUAGCCAUUGAUCAUCUAAUUGCUGAUGAAUUCUCGGUUGAGCUAGCUGAAGGGUCAGCUUAUGUUUCUGGUCAUGAUGAUGAAUCAAGGCCUGUCGUGAUUUUCCGGAUCAAGCAAGAUUACCAGAAGUUCCACUCACAGAAACUGUUUACUCGGUUGUUGGUGUUUACACUGGAGGUGGCAAUUCAAACCAUGGUAAAAGGGGUUGAACAAUUUGUUAUUCUCUUUGAUGCAAGCUUUUUCAGGUCAGCAUCAGCUUUUAUGAACAUGCUGCUGCCUACAUUGAAAAUUAUCACAGAUUAUUAUCCAGGCCGCCUUCAUAAAGCUUUUGUCAUUGAUCCACCUUCUCUUUUCACUUAUCUUUGGAAGGGAGUGAAGGCAUUUGUUGAUCUAGCACCACUUACCAUGACAGUAUCAUCACUUGAUUUUGAUGAAUCUUUGGAGUUCAAUGACUUCACUUCAUAUCCAAGAACACCAUCCCUCAGAUUCGACCCUUCUUCAACUCCUACCAAGAUUAGCUCAUGCUCCUCAUCAAGAUUUGCCUUCACAGUCUCCCAUACCUUUGACUCCAUCAAACCAUGGUCACUCACUUUAACUGACACGUCAUCCACAAAAGUAGGCCCCACUAGCCUACUGGGUCCAGCCAUCUCACCACUCAAUGCUCGAUCCUACUCGUUUGCAUCACCUAUAGCCAGGACUCCACGUGGCAGCAUCGGAGCCGUUAAAAAAGGGUUCUUCCCUUCCACACCAUUGCCACAAAAAACACAAGAGUUAACAGAUCCUACCAUCAAGAACCAUCCCAGGGCUAUGAAGCCAUCAUUUUUUCAAUCACCAGCUAUGUUCUUCAAGAAGGAUUGCCACGUCAGCAAGAGUGAAAAGUCUCGAGAGUCAUUUGUACCGUUGUUGAAGUUUUAUCGUCGACCGUACGAUGAGAUGACUUACAGGUCAAAGAUGAGACCUCCACUAGGUGGCCUAAUCUCCAUUGUCUCGCCACACAUCAAACGCCAUCAUAUUUCACUCUCUCAACGGUUCUGAUAACAACUUACACAGGACAUAAUUAUAUUAUUACUGACUGUAAACCUUCCUCACCAACUAAUAAUUGAUCAAUUAUUUCUCAAAUUUUUCAAAGUUCUGAUUUUUCUUUUGUUUGUUUUGUUAUGUUGCUCAAAUUCCAAUAGUGGUCAUAUAUAGCAGAUUGAAUUUGUUUGGCACAGCACAUGAUUAAUUAUUGUUGUUAAAAAACGAGAAAAAGUAGACUACGUACUAGGGGGGUUGUGAAAUAUGUACCACCUCCAUCCCAGAAUAUGUCACUUUACUUUUACGAGAGGUAAUUUAAUUCAUUUUUUAAGUUAAAUUGUAUUAGAUUAGUUUAAUAUUUUUAAAAUUAAAAUUUACUCCCUCUAUCCCAAAAUAGGGGUAGCAUUAGCCAAAAAGACAAUUGUUUAAAAAUAAUAUUCGCUUAAGGAAUCCAAGAAAAAUUUAUGCACUUACAUGAUGCAGCACAACAUAAUGCAAGGCUGAAAUUUGAUGAUAUGGCUAGUCAUCUCAUGUGAUGAAGAUCAAGUGAAGCUGCUAAGUGAACGUGAUAAGUAGAAGAUAGGAAGAUAUAGUACAAAGUUUUACAGUUUGAUUAAGUCUAGUAUCGAUAUAGAUUUAUCUUUUGUAUGCAUAUACCCAAUAUAAUUCCACUAUUGGGGUCUAGGAAGGGGAGGGGCGGAUUCAAGAGGAGCUCAGGGUGUUCACCCGAACACCCUCGGCAAAAAAUUAUAGUGUAUAUAUAGGGUAAAUUUUCUGUGUUUAUGUACAUAUAUUAACUUUCGAACACCCUAAACAAAUGUAAAAGGUUAGCUCAA